ACCCUCGCUACAAAAUCACACUCCCCCAUCCCAAAGGGAAGUCCUCCCCCCAUUUUCAUGGCGCUAAUAAAUGCUUAUCGAAGACGCAUAAAGCGAGUAAAUUCGCAGCCAUUAAACGGGCAUAAAACUCGAUCCGGCCGAAACGAAAUUGUGGGGCCGACAAAUCAAAGUACAAGCCUCAGAGCCUCGGCUCCCCACUUGCCUCUCUCCCUCCCUCGUUCGCCCCCUUUUCCCCCACUUUCUUGCCAUGAAAUAAAACCAGGCAACAAUGAAACCCAAAGCGGCUCCCAGGCGAUUUCGAUGCGGGCAUUCGUCGGUCGAACCAAGGAAUUGGCCACCCACAAAGUGGAGAACCCAAACCCAAGCCCCGGGAGAACCUUCCUUUAACCCCCUCCCUCGUCACCUCCUGCACCCCAUUUGCACCCCACUUCCAGCCAACACUCGCUAUAUAACCAUCUUACCCAACGUUGA